CUCAACCAGAAUGUUUUCGCGCAGCUAUUCUUGACCAAGUGUUGCAGGUGGAUGAGUCUGCUGUUAAAACAGUUGAAUUAAACUUGGAACUUUACGACCGCAGUGCUAAACUUGCUAAAGAAAAUGGAGCAGAUAUUAUUGUUUUUGCUGAAGAUGGCAUUUUGGGCGUGUUUGACCGAGACAACGCGCACAUUGUGGGCGAAACCGUUCCAGAUCAUCAGGGUCAGUUCUGUGAUGGCAAAUACGCCACAUCAAAUCGCAUCAUUCACCGCCUUUCCUGCAUCUCAUCAACGCACAAAAUUUACAUUGCUGCCAACCUCAUUGACAUUCAACCUUGCUCGAAUCACACCAACGACAAAAAUCACACAUGUCCUCAUGAUGGCUUUUUUGCUUUCAAUACCGCAGUGCUCUUCGACAAAUCGGGAACACUGCUGGCAAAGUAUCACAAGAUUCAUCUUUUUGGAGAACUUUCAAAAAACCCGGCAAUCGAGGAAAAACUAGUUUACGUCAAAACCGAAAUUGGAAACUUGGGACUGCAAGUUUGUUUUGAUCUUUUAUAUAAAACUCCAGGGCAUUUAAUGGCAAAACAGAAACUAAUUGACACUCUUCUCUUUCCAACGUCCUGGGUAGAAGAGUCUCCCUUCUUGACGGCAGUUCAGGCUCAAUUGUCUUGGAGUUUGAAUCACAAAGUUAAUCUUCUUGCUGCCAACAUUCACCACCCUCAAGCUUCUAAAAAAGGCAGUGGCAUUUACGUAGGCUCAACACAAAAAUUUGAAGUGGUCAACUACUUGGAUGCAAGUACCCGACUUCUAAUAGCAAACUUGCCAAUAAAACCUGAAUUAAACGUUAGUUGCUCAUUGAAUGUAAGCACUUUCAAGAUUCCAAUGAAAUCUCCAGAAUACACAGAAAAGGACCCAAUGUAUUACUUUAAAAUUAAUAUGAAUUUAAAUGACACUAAGUUAAAAAAACUGGAAGUAAACAAAAGUGAGGCAGAAACAUGUUUUGGUGGAGUGUGUUGUCAUUUAAAAUAUCAAAUGGACGAGAAAACGAUUGAUGAUG